GGACGCGGCGGGGGAAGGUGUGUGCGGCUGCUCGGGCCGCAGCAGUGCGCUCCGGCACCAGUUCGCCCGUGCCCGACUGGGGACCUUAGUGGCCAGGGCGGGGGGCCGGGCCUGGUCUCUGCGCGGCCGCCCAGAGGAGCGGCGGCCAGGCCUUGGGGGCGACCUCCUCWCAGAGUUGUGGGCCCGGAGUCGACUUCGCUCCCCUACCAGUUGCUGGAUUACUUUAGCCAGGCCAGGAGAAGACCGAGUUCCCGAUUUGAAAUCAGCCUGAAGAGCUCUUAAUCCGGCCCAGGUGUUGCCUGGUUGGGCCCAGAAAUGGGAUGCCAAGCCUCUUCGGGGAGCACAGAAGGCGCAAGGGCCUUUUGGAGCUGCAGCCGUGACGGCAAGUGAGCCAGCUGCUGGAGGAUGUCCACAACCACCACGGCCGCCCCCGCGGGGAUCCCGGUGGCUCCGGGCCCUGUGAACCCACCCCCGCCCGAGGUCUCCAACCCCAGCAAGCCCGGCCGCAAGACCAACCAGCUGCAGUACAUGCAGAACGUGGUGGUGAAGACGCUCUGGAAGCAUCAGUUUGCCUGGCCCUUCUACCAGCCCGUGGACGCAAUCAAACUCAAUCUGCCUGAUUAUCAUAAAAUAAUAAAAAACCCGAUGGAUAUGGGGACUAUUAAGAAGAGACUAGAAAAUAAUUAUUAUUGGAGCGCAAGUGAAUGUAUGCAGGACUUCAACACCAUGUUUACAAAUUGUUAUAUUUACAACAAGCCCACAGAUGACAUAGUGCUAAUGGCCCAAGCCUUAGAGAAAAUUUUUCUGCAGAAAGUGGCCCAGAUGCCCCAGGAGGAAGUUGAGUUAUUACCCCCUGCUCCAAAGGGCAAAGGCCGGAAGCCGGCUGCGGGGACCCAGAGUGCAGGUACGCAGCAAGUGGCGGCCGUGUCCUCAGUCUCCCCAGCGACCCCCUUCCAGAAUGUGCCCCCCACUGUCUCCCAGACGCCUGUCAUUGCUGCCACCCCCGUACCAACCAUCACUGCGAAUGUCACAUCAGUCCCUGUUCCCCCUGCUGCUGCACCGCCUCCUCCCACAACGCCCAUCGUCCCUGUGGUCCCUCCCACGCCGCCUGUUGUCAAGAAAAAGGGCGUGAAGCGGAAAGCAGACACAACCACGCCCACCACAGCGGCUAUCACCGCCAGCCGCAGUGAGUCSCCCCCGCCGCUGGCAGACCCCAAGCAGGCCAAGGUGGUGGCCCGGCGUGAGAGCGGGGGUCGCCCCAUCAAGCCACCCAAGAAGGACCUGGAGGAUGGUGAGGUGCCUCAGCACGCGGGCAAGAAGGGGAAGCUGUCCGAGCACUUGCGGCACUGCGACAGCAUCCUCAGAGAGAUGCUGUCCAAGAAGCACGCGGCCUACGCCUGGCCCUUCUACAAGCCAGUGGACGCCGAGGCGCUGGAGCUGCAUGACUACCACGACAUCAUCAAGCACCCCAUGGACCUCAGCACCGUCAAGAGGAAGAUGGACAGCCGCGAGUACCCAGACGCGCAGGGCUUCGCCGCCGACGUCCGGUUAAUGUUCUCAAAUUGUUAUAAGUACAACCCUCCAGACCAUGAGGUGGUGGCCAUGGCCAGGAAGCUCCAGGACGUGUUUGAGAUGAGGUUUGCCAAGAUGCCAGAUGAGCCGGUGGAGGCACCAGCACUGCCCACACCCACGGCCCCCGUGGUCAGCAAGGGCACAGAGAGCAGCCGCAGCAGCGAGGAGAGCUCUUCCGACUCGGGCAGUUCUGACUCAGAGGAGGAGCGAGCCACGAGGCUGGCAGAGCUGCAGGAGCAGCUGAAGGCCGUGCAUGAGCAGCUGGCCGCCCUCUCUCAGGCCCCCGUGAACAAACCAAAGAAGAAAAAGGAGAAGAAGGAAAAGGAGAAAAAGAAGAAGGACAAGGACAGGGAGAAGGAGAAGCACAAGGCCAAGCCUGAGGAGGAGAAGAAGGCCAAGGGCAUCCCGCCGGCCAAGCAGGCUCCGCAGAAGAAGGCCCCGGCCAAGAAGGCCAGCAGCACCACGGCCGGCAGACAGCUGAAGAAGGGCAGCAAGCAGGCGUCUGCGUCCUACGACUCUGAAGAGGAGGAGGAGGGCCUGCCCAUGAGCUACGAUGAGAAGCGCCAGCUCAGCCUGGACAUCAACCGGCUGCCGGGGGAGAAGCUGGGCCGCGUGGUGCACAUCAUCCAGUCGCGGGAGCCCUCCCUCAGGGACUCCAACCCUGACGAGAUCGAGAUCGACUUCGAGACUCUGAAACCCACCACCUUAAGGGAACUGGAGAGAUAUGUCAAGUCUUGCUUACAGAAGAAGCAGAGAAAGCCCUUCUCAACAAGCGGGAAGAAGCAGGYGGCCAAGUCGAAGGAGGAGCUGGCCCAGGAGAAGAAGAAGGAGCUGGAGAAGCGGCUGCAGGACGUCAGUGGGCAGCUAAACAGCAAGAAGCCCACCAAGAAAGAGAAAUCCGGCUCCGCGCCCUCUGGGGGACCAUCGCGGCUCAGCAGCAGCAGCUCCUCGGAGUCGGGCAGCAGCAGCUCCAGCGGGUCCAGCUCCGACAGCAGCGACUCCGAGUGACGGGACUGGAAGCAGCAGGCGGAGGAUGCCCACAGCGAGCCCUGCGGUGCCCGUGGUUAAUACACUGCUUUGUUCCAUGGUGUGCAGGUCUUCUUUGAUUCAGUGUUAUGGUAUCUUCCAGUUCUGCUCCAGUAGGUCAGAGGUCCUCCCUGUGCGUGCAUCGGACUCCGAGAAGGUGUGGCCCCGCUAGUCUUUUCUUCGUAACUCGGUUCAGUUGCUUGGAGAUGACGGCCUCAGAUGCUAACCUGACAGCGACCCCUGGACCCUGCGAGGCAGGAUCUGAAGGACCUUGAAGAGUCCCUGUUCCCAGCCCAACCUGGGCUGUCCUUGGAGGGAGACUGACGUGGGUACUGAAUUGAAAGCUUUGCCAGCGUGUGGUAUCUUUGCCAUUGGGGCUCCAGCCCUCGGGCCACUGCGGUCACCCCUGCCGGGGCCAAGGACAGGUGUGCCUGCCAGUGAGGCCCCGCUGAGCCUAGCGAGGCGCUGUGCAGCGAGUGUGCCGUGGGGCGGGUGUGCGGGCGGGCGUCUGGUCUCCGGCCACAGCGGCAGCAGCAGGAGCUUCUGGGACGGAACACAGCUACUGCAUGUGCGGCGUCCGGGUUUCCAACACUGAAACUUUUACCUCAACUUAAAAAAAAAAAAAAAAAAAAA